AUGGAGUCGUCGUUUGAUGAGGAAGAAAAGCGCUUCCUCUUGGGGGAAAUCAUCAAGGUUAGCGUCAAUGUGGACGACAUGAUAGACUUCAUCAAGCAGCAUAACAUCCAUCAACCAGACUGGCACUCUAUUCAGAUUCCUCGAGGGAGGACCGUGAAUCAAUGCAUUCAGGCUUACAACUCCAUGGUGAGCAGGCCGUCGUUUCAGAGACCGAUACUGUCGCCGCAAAAACGGAACUCGGUCGAUGACUCGGAGGACCAUUAUGCAAAGAGGCGUGCAGUUGGCCCCGCGGAGGAAAGGCCGCCAUAUUCGCCCAUGCGACCAUACGGCCAUCAACCAUUUCCCACUCCAAUAGCACAGCCCGUGAACAUCCAGCCGCGGCCUAACGGUCUCCCCUCGCCAGGUAUCCCUCCUCCGGCAUCAGCUCUGAGCGCGGCUCCCACCGGUCGGAAACGGGGUCGUCCCAAGAAAGAUGAGAGUCGAGCCCGCCAAAACAUGCCGCAACCCAACCAGCCGAUUGCGCCGGCACCCAUUGCUCCAUCGCCGAGGACUGUUGUUUCUACUUCUCAGCCGCUCAGUCCCCUCAGCGCUGGUUAUCAUAAUUACAACUCAUCGUACCGGUACUCGCCAAUCGCCAGUCCGUAUGAUCCGGUAGCGGCAAGCAAGAGUGGGCAGCAUUCGUUACCACAUCCCGAGAGCGUACCCCGAACUCUUCAUAUGACGUCCUCUUCAUUAGAAAUUGGCCCACGGUUGGCAGGUGAUUACAGUUCUAGCUGGCAGAGUACUGCAUCAGGCAGGGAGCAACAACAGCACCAACAACAGCAGCAGCAACCACAAACUCCCACGUCUCUUCCCGCGCCGAUGGAGCCUCCCGUAUCAUCGCAUCACUCCUCGUACCCUACUAACCGAAGCCCACGUUUAUCAUCGGGAUUUGGAGGAGGAGGAGGAGUGUCACAACAACAUGGUCAAACUAGAGACACGGCACCCACAGCUUCCGAGCAGGGAAGAUCGUCUGUUCAAACGACAUCGGUUUGA